UAGAAGUGGGAUGCUUCUGAAUGAAGUCAAAUGUAUUAAAGAUUGACACAUUUGUGUGGAACCUUGUUGUAAAUGAUGUUGUUGUUUUCCAGCCAGACAUGUUCUGAUCCUUCUCUCUCUCUGAUUUCCCCACAGAUAUUUAAGGACGAGCCAUUUGACAAAGCUGUGGACUAUUUCGCAUUGGGGGUCACAUUAUUUGAGGCAGCCUUUGGAAUUUAUCCAUUCAACAUAAAAAAUCCUCGAGCUUCCAUAUGCCAAGAUUUGCCACGUUAUCCAGUCGGUACCGAUGAUGUCUUAGUGGACUUUCUGAACAAGCUCCUAUGUAAAGACCAGAAAAAACGCAAGGUCUAUAUUGCCAAGAUACGGAACCACCGAUUUUUCCGAGGAAUAAAUUGGGAAAAGCUGGAGGCAGGGAAGACGCAUGCCCCAUUUGCUGAACGUCGGAAGGACCUUGUAGAAGAAAUGGUGAAGACGACAUUAGAUCUGUAUGAGAGGAUUGGAUAUCGAUGGAAGCUUGGGAAGAAGGAACAGGAACAGUUCAUGGGCUUUUCAUUUGUCAGUGAAGAAUGGAAAGCCAUACAGAAUCUGAAGAACACCACACAAAAGAAAAAGCUAAACUGAAGACAAUACAAGGUGUAGCUUAUGAAAAACACACACAAAACGUGUCACAAAAAUGUCCUUCUG